GGCUUUGGAAAGUCAGCAACAUCUAUGUUUGAUUAAUCCUUUGAAUAUAUAUGUGUGGAAGAUGGAUUUGUUCAGCUUCAACACCAGCACUGUUCCUGGUCUCCAGACAAUCACAUUGAUGAAAAUAGGAUGCUAUCGAAUUGGUCACACUCUUGGAAAAGGAACCUUUGGAAAAGUUAAAUAUGGAGAACACAUUGAAACCAAGACUAAAGUGGCCAUCAAAAUACUCAAUCGGCAGCAGAUAAAAGACUUGGAUGUGCUGGAAAAGAUCAAACGAGAGAUAACUAACUUGAAGCUUUUUCGUCAUCCACACAUAAUCAAAUUGUAUCAAGUAAUCAGUUCUCCAACUGAUAUCUUCAUGGUGAUGGAAUAUGCCUCUGGUGGCGAGCUCUUUCAGUAUAUUAAAAAACAAGGAAAGCUGAAAGAGAGCGAAGCUCGGAAAUUCUUCCAGCAAAUCAUCAGUGGUGUGGACUACUGCCACCGCCACAUGGUCGUGCACAGGGACCUCAAGCCUGAGAAUCUCCUCCUUGACCACAACAGACAUGUCAAAAUUGCUGACUUUGGACUCUCAAACUUCAUGGUGGAUGGAGAAUUUCUUGGCACCAGCUGUGGAUCUCCAAACUAUGCUGCACCUGAAGUCAUUUCUGCUAAUCUCUAUGCUGGUCCUGAGGUGGACGUGUGGUCCUGUGGAAUAAUUCUCUUUGCUCUGCUCUGUGGCUCCUUGCCAUUUGAUGACAAGAAUGUGUCAGCCCUCUACAGGAAGAUCAAAGAAGGCAGGUUCCAGAUUCCCAGCUACUUAAGCAUGCCUGUUGUGAAGCUUUUAGUGCACAUGCUGCGCGUAGACCCCAUGAAGCGCGCCACCAUCGAGGACAUCAAAACGUACGAGUGGUUCCAGAAGGACUUGCCGAGUUACUUGUUCCCUCCUGCCUAUGACCCCCGGAUUGCUAUCAUUGACCAGGAGGCCAUCAAGCAAGUCUGUGAGAAGCUGCAGGUGGAGGCGGGCGAGGUGCGCGAGGCGCUGUCCACGAGCGACCCGCACAAUCAGCUCUCCAUCGCCUACCAUCUCAUCGUCGACAACAAGCGCUUUGCUGACGCAUCCGCCCAGCAGAGCUUCCGCGACUUCUACCAAGCAUGUUCCCCAACGCCACCGUCGUCUCCAGCUGUUUGUCCGCCAUGCAGUACUGCUUCGCUCGUUGCCGCCUCACCAUUGCCAGAUGCCGCCUCACCAUUGCCAGUUGUCGCCUCACCAUUGCCAGUUGCCGCCUCGCCAUCGCCCAUUGCCGCCUCGCCAUCGUACUCUGCUGCUUCGCCUGUUGCAGAUCCGCUGUCGCCCGUUGCCACCUUGCCACCGUCUCCUGCAGUCGCCGGUUGUUUCUUGCGGCAUCCUCAAGGCAGUAAAAUUGUGCCUCUUAAGACCAGAAACCAACGAUCACUCGCCAAGAAAGCAAAAUGGCAUUUAGGUAUUCGUUCGCAAUCGAAGCCACAGGACAUCAUGAGUGAAGUCUUCAGAGCCAUGAAAACGCUCGACUUCCAAUGGAAGGUGAUUGACCCUUUCCGCGUGCGGGUUCGCCGCAAGAACCCGGUCACAGGCGCGCUGGUGCACAUGUCGCUGCAGCUCUACAAGGUGGACAGGAGCCAUCUUCUUGACUUCCAAAUAAUUGACGGCGAAAAUUCUGCGUCCAUUGAGUCAAAACGUGGAGGUGAAGACGAAAUGGAUGAGCCUCGCUGCCACCACGUCAUGGAGUUCUUCGAGAUGUGCGCCGCCCUCGUCACCGAACUUGCACGCUGAAGUUGAGCCUCAAGUGUCUUGAAGUGCAACUUUAUGUCGGGAACUUCAUUUGAAAAUGCCAUAUUAUCUACACAAAAUUUAUGUUUAACAACGGCAAGAAGAUUUCGGUUCUGAAAUUCACGCCUUUUGACGACGGCUAGCAUUUUUAUUUUAGUGAUAACCGCUUAGACUAGAAAAAGAUCGUACAUGAACUCGUUCAUUCGAGUGAUUUCCUUACCUCGCGCAGCCUUAAUAUGAGAUCGGGUAUUGGAGUUUAUUUUUGCAGGUUACAAUAAUUCAAUAGUUAAAUUAAUGUAAUCAUUCAAAUAUAAGUCCCAGUUUCGUUCUCACGUUUCCUACUGAUAUAU